AUGAGUUAACAUAUAGCCAAUCAAUAUUUUUAAUAUCCUUAAAAAAAAGUUCCAAGUAGAAGAAUUAAGACAUUAUAUUCAAUAAAUGAUUCUAAUUCGUGUAGAAUCAGAAAAGUUAUCAUACCAAAAAAUAUUAGUAUUGAUAAAGAAACACUUUAUGAAUAAUUACAUUUAGAAAAAUUGAAAACAAAACAGUUAAAAUAAGAAAAUCAAUCCUUGUAAGGAAUGAUGUAAUAAUUUGGAAAAGAGAUAAACAUGAUGGAUGAAUCUGAUUAAAGAAAAGUAAUUUAAUAGAGUUAAUUAAGAAUAAAAUAAAAAGAACAAGAAAUUUAAUUGCUUAAAUAAAAUACAUAAUUCAAAACAUAAUAAGAUUAAAAAAUGUAGAUUCAAGAUUUAAAAAAAGAACUUUUAAAAUAUUAAAUUUUUCAGAAAUUUGAGGGUGAUUAAAAUUAGAUAGUUAAAGAUAAUAUAAAUUUAUUAAAUAAGAUUGAGAUCUAAAAUUAAUAUAUCAAUGAAUUAGAGAAAAUUAGGGCUGAUUUUAUUUAAGUCAAAGCCAAAAAUAAUUAACUAUAAUAAGUGAUGAAAUUAAAAGACUAAUAAAUAUAAAGAUAUCGUGAUAGAGAUCCAUUAUCUGAAAUGAAUUUGUUGAAACAUCAAAGUAAGAAUGAAAAUAUUUUGGUCGAUGAACUUUAAAUAAAAAUGGAUGAAAUAUAACAUUUACAUACAAAACUUUAUUAAUAUUAAUAAAUAAUUUAAGAAAACCAAAAUUCUCUAACUGAAUAAAAUUAUGAUUUUAAAUAAAAGGUUUAACACUUAGAGGCAGAAAAAAAAUCGAUCAAUGAUAAAUAUGAUAAACUUUAAAAGGAUUAUAAUAUUUUAUUGGAAAGGUAAAAGCAAAUAGAUUAGUAAUUAUAAUAUUUAUAUAAAUAGAUAUUUAUAAUAAUUUACCAAGAAGAAAUUAUCAACUUAAACCUUAAUUUAUGGAGAGGAUUAACCAUUUUAAUCCACUACUUAAGUCAUUAUUUCUCCAUUGAUAUCUCCACAUCAUGGAGAUAAUAUUGUUGUUAAGUAAGUCAAAAAAUAACAAAUUGAAUAAACCAUUUUAGAAUUAAAAUUGUCAUUAAGAAAAAAGAGAAUUUCUUUAUAAGAUGCAGAACUAGUAUAUUAUUAAAUUAAUUAGUUAAGAUAUUAUUUUCUUCAGAAGCAGAAAUAACUAUUAAUGAUUUAGAAAAAUAAUUGAGAUUAAAUCCAUUUAAUCUUAAAAAUAGUACUUUGCUUUCUAGAUAUAUGAUUGAAGAUUAUUUUGAAAAGUAAAAUUAUAAAUUGAUUUUAAGAGAUUUUGUUUAUGAUUCUGAUUUAAAAGCACCUUAAGCCAAAGUUAGAAGUGUUUUUAGAAACCUUAUGCAAAAUUACAAACUAAAUUUUGACUAAAAUAUUUAAGAUCAUGUUGAAAUCUGUAUUAAAGAAAAUCUAAUAGAUUUUUGCAUAAAAAAAUCUAUGAAUAGUUUAAAAUUAGAAAACAUAAAUGAAUGCAUGUUAUCAUAAGAUCUUUAAUGGAAUUCCAAACAUUCAGAUUGUCUUCAAUAGUUGUAUUAUAAUAAAUACAAUAAAUAUUUAAUUUUCGAAUUUAAUAACCUAUUAAAAUUAUUUGAUAUUGCAUAAUGA